CGAAUGCGUGGUUUGCCCAGCAACGAGAGAGGAAAAGCAGCAGCAUCCGUGACUGAGUUUCUGUCACAGAUGGAAUCCAAUAUCAGCCACUCAUAACAUGACCAGGCAGCUUCACCACCAUCACAAAGCAGACAAAGUCAGGAUUUGCCCCACCAAAUAAAGUAGAAGGAAUUGAAGUGCACCAGUCACAUUCUCAUCGUGGCCAACCAACGGUCGUCGCAGGCUUAAUUGCUGCCCGGUGGAGCUCUGCCGAGUGACGAUUUUACGAAUGCCCUCAUUUUGAGGUUUCAGAUACGACAAUACGCCGCAUUCCUUGUCAAUGGCCAUCCGUACAUAGACAACCCUCGAUUUUUUUUCUUUUUUUCCCCCUAAUAUUCAUAUUUUCUAAACCAGCCAUGGCGAGCCAGAAACCACCCCAGCGCCUAGAUGCACUGGAGAGCAUGGUCAAUGAUGUGGUAGUCCAGACUGCCAAGGCCAUCAGGUCAAGUAGGAUUGAUGGACCGCGAGCCGUGCCGGCAGUCUCGCACGGCCAGCGGAUACAGGAUCUGCAUAACAACUUCAACUCGGUCCUUGACGACGUGGAAAGCGAGCUUAUGAAGGCAAAAGCAAUCCUUCAGCGUGACUUGGAUCUCAUGCGGGCAAAACGCCGCCAGGCCGUGAUCCCGGAGCCGGUCAUGCUGUCUCAGCCGGUCAUGGGUACCGCUCCAGAGGCCCCUUUCCCACCAGGUCCUCCACAGCUUGGCAUCGUACCGUCGCCAGCAUCGGUACCGCCCCAGCCCCGACUCCAACUGAAGCAGCCGCCGUCGGUCGCAGCUGCCACUCCUAAUGCUGCCCCUCGACCGCCCGUUGCAAAGAUGACCGCCGGUGGUGCCCCGUUCCCUAACAUGGGCGUUGGGCACACGCCACAGACCGGCCCAGUCAAAAUGAAGACCGAGUCGCCACCCAAGCCGUCGCCAGCCGCCUUGAAUGUUCCGGGGAAACCACCUGUUCAGAAAGUGGCGCCGCCGAUGGUCAAGACGGCCUCGGCGCCUGGUGCCAACGCUUCUGCCAUCAAGAAGGAAUCACCAGGGAUCAAACACGCAAGCGUUGCGACAGUAAAGACAGGCUCGCCAGCCCUCAAGACCUCGUCGCCUGUUCCCCCAGUCAAGAAAAUCUCUCUUGUCUCCGCCCCAGUGAAGCCGGCACCGAAGGCGACACCCCCACCUGCGGCUGCCACUGUGCCACCGCCACAGUCAGCGAAGAAGGUUGCUCCUCCGCCGGUUGCAGCUCCUCCACCCAAACCACAGCCCAAUCCGACCCAGCCCGCAGACCCUCUGGACGGCAUCAUAGACCUUACCAACCCUGCUACCCUGCAAAACGGCGCUGGGGUCAUUGGUGCUGGGCCGCCACCUCCUCCAUCCGGGGCGGCUCCCCAGCUGAACUUUACAAACAUGCAGUUCUCACUUGCUCCCCCACUCAGCGCCACAGAAUCCUCGAACCCUCCAGGAGGGGACACCGACUUUGAUCUUGACAGCUUCAUCACUGACGCCACCAACAACCUCCUGACGGACCAGUUCGCGGGCGGCAACGAAACUGGCUCUGCCGCUGGACCGCCACCAACCACCGGCACGACCGGCGAUCCUAUGGAUACGACGGGUGAAGGUGGCGAUGCAUCAAACAAGGUCGAUGUCCUUGCUGAUCUACUUCGGCUCGACGGGCCCACGGAGCUGUCUUCUGCCGACGCUGACGCUGCCGGGGGCUCGAGCUUUGACGACCUGUGGAUCGAGGCAGGAAAUACCAACAUGGGCGAGUUUGACAGUUCUUACUUUGAGAUGUGAGCUAGGACUAUUUGCCGAGAUCGGAGGUGCCCCCCACUGCUCCCUCAAACGUCAUUUCUUUCUGAACAAAUUGGAUAUGGAUGGGCUAUAUCCGACGCUUGGUCAGAGUGAAAAUGCCAGGUAUGUUGAGGGCAUAUGCAAGAGAUAUCCGUAUGUAUCCUUUGUAUAUUAAGAAGCGAAAAGUACUUCCAGCGACAGUCAAGGGGUGGGGGUAUUAUGGACUACAGAACACAAAAGCGAUCCUAACCUAAAAAGGAAAUAUGCACGCAAGGAAAGGAUAUUCCAACGAGAGAAGAUCAUGUGCCAAACAGACCGACCGUAACAGGCCACCCUACGGCCCUUGGGUGGUGUCCCACAUCUUGCCAAGCUUAUUCUUGACAUCGCUGUUCCUCCAGUCACUCCAGUCCCUGUUGAGGACGCCAAAGGACUCGUCGAAGUCGGCUUGCUUGUUGCGGGCGUAGUAGCUACCUUGCAGCGCCCAGAUGGCCCAGUCGCCGUCGUUGCCGACCACGUAGUCGCGCAGGCAGUCGAGGUAGAAGUUGUCGGGCGAGUUCUGGUCGAAGCCAAAUUCGGACAGGAUGAGCGGGCCCGUGUAAGACUUACCCUGCUCGAGGAGGAAGCCGUCAAAGGCUCCGUAUAGCUGCCUCAUAUACCAGCACGUCUUGAUGAUGGGGUGGAAGUUGACCGUGAAGGAAUAGGCGUGCCACUCCCAGACGUGCUUUUCUUUCCUAUUUGAGGGGGUAUAGCUAGUCAGUACGUAUACAGACACAAUAAGGUAGAAAUUGGGUGGUUCUAGUUUGAGUGUUUCAUUGCCUAGAUUCCAUCGUGGAGAAAAAAAAAGUGAGAUAGGAGAAAAAAAAGAGAAAGAAAAGAGAGACCGAAAGGGAAAGAAAAGAAGCGCAAAGCUACUGUGUUACAUACCAUUCCGAGACAUCGAGCGGACGGGACCGAACGUGUGACAAAUCAGUCGACGACAGCGUCCCGCCGAUGAGGAUGAGCACAUCGGGGUGCGUGCUGUGGAUGAGACGGGCGGCAGC